AGAAACAGUAUAAGCUUAUAGAAACACCGAAGCACGAUAAUGGAGGCACUGGUGUGCAGAAAACUGGGCGAUCCAACGCUGGGUUUGGAAGACAACAAUAGCCCAAUAAUUUUGUCAAGGAAUCACCCAAUUCCCCAACUCGAUUCUCCCACUGCUGUAAGAGUCAGAAUCAAAGCCACAAGCUUGAACUUCGCCAAUUACUUGCAGAUAUUGGGAAAGUACCAAGAGAAAUACCCUUUGCCAUUCAUCCCCGGCUCCGACUUUUCCGGCGUCGUCGACGCCGUUGGCCCCAAAGUUUCUGACUUUCGAGUCGGCGACCCCGUUUGCUCCUUCGCCGGCCUCGGUACCUUCGCUGAGUUCAUCGUCGUUGAUCAGUCCCAUUUGUUUCGAGUGCCCCAAGGUUGUGAUCUGGUUUCUGCUGGGGCACUUGCUGUGGCGUUUGGCACUUCUCACGUGGGGCUUGUACACAGGGCACAGUUGACAUCAGGUCAGGUGUUGCUGGUUUUGGGUGCUGCUGGAGGUGUGGGCCUUGCUGCUGUGCAAAUUGGAAAAGCUUGUGGGGCCAUUGUCAUUGCUGUUGCAAGGGGAGAUGAAAAGGUGCAGCUCUUGAAAUCUCUUGGUGUUGAUCAUGUGGUGGAUCUGGGCAAUGAAAAUGUAACUCAGAGUGUCAAAGAGUUCCUUCAGGCCAGAAAGCUUAAGGGGAUUGAUGUCCUGUAUGACCCGGUUGGAGGCAAGCUCACUAAAGAAUCUCUGCGGCUUCUGAAGUGGGGAACGAAGAUUCUCAUAAUUGGGUUUGCGAGUGGAGAAAUUCCUGUCAUCCCUGCUAACAUUGCUCUUGUUAAGAAUUGGACUGUGCAUGGCCUUUAUUGGGGUAGCUAUAAAAUACACUGCCCAGGUGUUCUCGAAGAUUCUAUCAAGGAGCUACUUUCUUUGUUGGCAAGAGGAUUGAUUUCUAUCUAUAUUUCUCAUUCUUAUCGCCUGUCAGAGGCCAACCUUGCCUUUUCUGCCAUCAAAGAUAGGAAAGUUAUUGGAAAGGUGAUGAUUGUUUUUGAUGAGAAACUUCCAAGAUCUAAGCUGUGACCCUGCUAAAAUUUGCGGUUCAAUAAUUUGUUGUGGACACGCAAGGGUUGAAGGUGAUAAAAUAAAUAAAUAAAGAGAGAGAUGUUGGUUUAGGGAACAACUUAAAAGGAGCAAUAAUUGUCAAAAAUUGUGUGCAAAAAAUAUUAUCCUUGAAGCCCUCACAUCGUUAUGUAAAAUCUUUUUUUUUUUUUUUUUGCUGAAAUUGAUUUUCUUCAAGUUUUCGUACCGCUUGAACAUUUCUAUAAUAUUUCAAAGCUGUUUGCUCUAUUAAAGAGCGACUUUAAUUUUACGUA